CACAUCAGUGACGUGGCAAAUAUUCGGUGCCAGCGAGGCCAUCUCGAACGUAUCGAAACCACGAAUCUUCUCCCUUCACGAAUCACAAAAAACCCUACCUGUCGCACUCCCUUGAUCCUUUUUUCAUCGAAUCUGUAACUCCUUCAAAGGAGCUUGAAAUCGGCACCAGAGAUCCAUGGAGAGGAUCGUCGGAGAUAAGUACAAGUUAGGUCGCAAAAUUGGAAGCGGAUCAUUUGGUGAAAUCUUUCUCGCUACGCAUGUGGAUACACAUGAAAUUGUUGCUGUAAAAAUGGAAAAUAGGCAAACAAAGCACCCACAAUUGCUUUAUGAAGCCAAACUAUACAAUUAUCUCCAGGGAAUAGUUGGAAUUGCUGGCAUCCAUUGGUCUGGGGUUGAUGUUCAGGACAAUGUGCUUGUUCUUGACCUUCUUGGGCCUAGUCUUGAGGAUCUAUUUGUGUAUUGUGGAAGAAAAUUCUCAUUGAAGACAGUUUUAAUGUUAGCUGAUCAAAUGCUUACAAGAAUAGAACUGAUGCAUGCUAAAGGAUUUCUGCAUAGAGACUUGAAACCAGAUAAUUUUCUCAUGGGUCUAGGCAGGAAAGCAAAUCAGGUCUAUGUUAUUGAUUUUGGACUUGCUAAAAGAUACCGUGAUCCCACCACAAGUUGCCAUAUUCCUUACAAAGCAAACAAAAACUUGACAGGAACUGCACGUUAUGCUAGCUGUAAUACCCAUUUGGGAAUUGAACAAAGCCGGCGUGAUGACUUGGAGUCUCUGGGCUAUGUUUUCUUGUACUUUUUGAGAGGAAGUCUUCCAUGGCAGGGCCUAAAAGGUGCAACAAAGAAGCAAAAAUAUGACAAAAUAUGUGAAAAGAAAGUGUCUACUCCCAUUGAGGUUUUAUGCAAGAAUCAUCAUGUGGAGUUUGCCUCUUACUUCCAAUAUUGCAGAUCUUUAACAUUUGAUCAAAGACCUGAUUAUGGAUUCUUGAAGCGCCUUUUCCGUGACUUAUUUACACGAGAAGGAUUUGAUUUUGAUUACGUAUUUGAUUGGACAAUUUUAAAGCAUCAGCAGUCAGAAAAGAAUAAACCACAGAAUCAUUCAACUAGUCGAGCAGUUCCUGGAGUGAUUAACAGACCAAUACCAGUUCAUUCAAAUAAGCGCCAAGGGGUAAAUGAUGAUUCCUACCAAAUUGGAGCAACAGAUCGCAGAAGAUCAAGCAAUAUGAUGAUGACUCGUCCUAAUGAAAAUAUUUCACUCGGGAAACACUUGACCAGUCCUACACCAAAGGCGUCUACCUCAUUCUCAAUGGGUGGCAACUUUAUCAAACCAGACGAACCAAUUGACCCGACAAAAGCAACCCGCGGGUCGACUAGUUGGAUCCGAUCCUUACACCGAUCACUUCACAUGUACCAGAGUUGUUGCGAAUGUGUAUGCCCUAACCCGUAUCAGGUUGUUGUAUAAAAUAGAUGUUAAAUGGAUUUUGGUGCAAGAUGGUGGAUUUUGUACAUUUAUGGUUAUGGGUUGGUUGGAGAGCAAUUGUGAUGCGAGAUUUUAAGAAGUGGCAGAAUGGCAGGCAAAGGGUUGGAAGAUUUGGUUAUAUAUAGUUUUAAUUACUCUUACUCCUGCUGAAUCAAUCGAAAGCUUCAAAAUCUUUGUUGAUCAUGAAUGAAAUUCGUUGAAUGAAGCACAAAAAAAAAAGCGAAUGGUUAUAUCAUAUCAUGAUCAUGAUCAUGAUCAUAUGGUAAAAUAUGACACAAUAUUGCAGUUGCUUGUGAAGUCGGGUGGCCACAUGUACUGCACAGGUGAAUUUCCUGUCUUUAUUUUUUUUACAACCUUUAAAAAUUGUUGUAAUCCAUGUUUGCAUUUUGAUAUGAGGAUCAACCCGAUUUAUAGUUAACUGGUGAAAUUAGGUGUAGGUGUUUAGGGUUUGAUUUUUGUAUUGGUCUGUAACGAUAAAGUUGAAUAGUGAAGCAAAUCUAGUGAAGCAAGUUAGGGUGUAAACGAGCCGAGCCGAGCUCGAGCUCGGGAUUGAGCUGGUUUAAUAAAUGAGCCUGAGCUCAAGCCGAGCUUUUAACGAGCCAAUCCCGAGUAGCUCACAAGUAGUUCAACUCAUUUGGUGAGUUGUGUUCUGACCAAUAUAAAAAAGUAUCAACGUU